AUAAAAAUAAAAUAAUGAAUAAUUUUAUUUUUGAUUAGGGGAUGAACUACAUCCAAUAAAAUGAAUACAUCUAAAUUAGGUUGACACUUACUCACUUUUCUAUCAUUUGUAUUUGCAUUACUCUAACAUUUAAAACUUAUAUACUUAAUACAUGGAAAAAAAAAUAAUACAUUAUUUAUAGUAUCUAAAUUUUUAAAAUUUCAAAUUCUGACAUUGGAAGACUUAUUUCAAAGUUUCAAAUUUAAUGGUUUAAAAGUAUAACUUUUUUUUCAAAGGAAGGGUGAGCGAGUUGUGUGGGUGGGCGGACUCUUGGUCAGGGUUUUAACCGGGUUUUUCGGGCGAGCUAUUGGGCCAGGCUUCGGGCUAAGUAAUGGGUUUGGGGGGAAACUCAAAUCCUCUUUUUAAUGAUAUAUUGAGCUCGGGCUCGGACAGGUCAACUAUUGGGUUUCAGGUCUUAUGUUGGGCCGAAUAAUGGGACCCGUGGGUAACUUGGGCUAUGGACACCUCCAACCUCAAGGGGACAUGGUGUAAUAUUGCAUACUUGAGGGGUCUGAGAUAUGGGGAGGAGGAAAUUUUCAGAAGAAGGGGACUACCGAUAAUUUUCAAAAAGACAAAGGGAUGUGAGUAUAAUAAAAGAUUGUUUGAGCACAAAAACCAGAAGAUACCCAGUAAACCGAUCAACUCGGAGGGUUUUAUAUAAACCGGUCGGAUCAAUUGAAAUGUUAUAAAAUUCAGUGUUUUGGCCCUUUUGGGCAAUUUUUGCCCUAAAUCGAUUUCUACCUUUCUCUGAUUUGUGCCUCUUGCAAACGUCUGAGGUUCGACGACCUCCUCACUCCUCAAUCUCUCUGUCUGCGCUGCGUCAAAGUCGAAGUGAAACAGUCGAGUUGAGGCAGGAGGGACUCACUCAGAGGCUAGAGUUUCAAGUGAGACACAUCACACAACACGCAUUUCCAUCCAUUUACAUGAAAUCUGCAAUUUGAUUCCAAUUAUGUCAAAUUUUAUUGCCUAAACUUGAUAUUUUUUUUUUUUGCAAUAGUUCACAAUGAGCUUAUUUUCCUUAAUUACUACGUGUGCUCAGUGUUAUAAGCAUAAUUUCUACUUAGUUCUUUAAUUUAUAACCUAUUUGUGGUUAUACAUAUAUAGAGUGUAACAUAAUAUAGUAAUUUACCCACUGUAUUUCAGAGAUAGUAGUCAAUUCUUUAAGGUUAAAGUUGAAGGCUAUGCUAUAAACUAUUUCACCAUUGAUCACAUUAUCAAUUUCAAAAAUUAUGCAAUUAAUUAAGAGGAGAUUGUUUGAUCAAUUAAGCAGCUUAGGGAAUUUUUUUUUAAUGGUUGCAGGUUGAGCUUGGGCAAAUUAACUAAUUGAGUAAAUUAUGGUGGUCUUGAGCUUUCAUAGGGGUAUUUUUAUUUACUUAACUUACAAGUUAUAUUGGAAAUUGAAUGCAUUGAAUACAUGUUUGCUGAUUUUGGGAUUUUUGUUUGAUCUAAUAUACAUUAAGCAUGUUAUUUUCAUAAUUAUUGUGAUUUUUUAGCCUAUUUAUUAUCAUGACUAAUUAUUUUUUUAUUUUUAUUAUAUUACUUGUCCGACUAGUGACCCGGUCUCUUUUUCGGGUUGAGUGACUUGAUCUCUUUUUUGGGUUAAUGUCCGGGUCGGGUUUUAAAACUACGGUGACUAGUCCAGGGAAGAAAGAAACUACCCCUCGGUUUCUCUCGCUCUCCUUUGUGUGUGAAAUGUUGAACCAAGAACGAUGAGAAGAAUAUUUAGCAGGGGAGACGUUUGGGUCCGAAUUUCAAAGCGGUUCAGGCGAGUCCCAAACAGACCCUUUUCUACCACCAACAGCAAGAAACCCAGCACGACCCACAAAAACAAUGGUAGUGACAAGGUUGAUGAUGGGUCGUCUUCUUCUUCUUUGAGCAAGUACGAAGCAUAUAAAGACCUGGACAACCUUAAUUUCAUGACUGCUGCUAAGAUCCUAUUCUCAGAACCUGCUAAGAAGAAGAAGUUCGGGAUUGAUUUCCAUCUGGUACAACUCUUCUUUGCCUGCUUGCCUUCAUUGGCUGUAUAUUUGGUGGCUCAAUAUGCUCGCUACGAAAUGAGAAGAAUGGAGGCGGAAUUGGAGCUGAAAAAGAAAGCUGAAGAAGAGGCAAAGGCAAAAGAGAUGGAAUUAAAAGAUGUUGAAGAAAAAGAAGCAGCAGGAUCUGAUCCAGAGCUUUUGGAAGUAAAAGAAAGGCUAGGUAAAUUGGAGGAAGCUGUAAAGGAAAUUGUGAUUGAAUCAAAGGCGCAAUUGGGGAGGACCAGAAGCAAAUAUCAGGAUGAUGGUGGUGUGAAAAAGCAACCAGCGACAACUGCACAGGGAGACACUAAAAGUAGAUCAGACGCAAGCAGUUCAGCAGAUGAAGGCCACCUUAGUGAACAAACAUCUGCAGGAAGAACAACGGUCAAAGUUCAACGGGAACCAAGUGGAUUAGCACCAGUUACUGAUUCUUCCCUGCGGGAUGAGAAGAGGGACCCAAAAUGA